UCCACUCGGCUCGGAGUGUAGAGGAGCACAGAUAGUUUCCACCCGAGAAACUUUCUGGGUGGGACCUGCGUCGUUACGGAAUUGACAGCUGUGUUAUCUUUAAGGGAAUGGCGCUCUCUCAGCAGGCCGCCGCGCUGGCGCCCAGCCUGGAGCCGCCCGCCCUGGUGGCCACGGUGAGUGGGAACGUCCAGAAGUACGCCCUGAAGAAAAAGAAGGUCCUGAGUGCGGAGGAGACGGACCUGUUCGAGCUGGCGCAGGCGGCCGGGAUCACGGUGGACCAGGAGGUGUUCAAGAUCAUUGUGGACCUGCUGAAGAUGAAUGUUGCUCCUCUGGCCGUCUUCCAGAUGCUGAAGGCCAUGUGUGCUGGACAGAGGAUCGCUGACACCUCGGCUGGGGAGAGUUUGUCUGGGUCCCAGCACAUUGCGGCCCCUGAGCCCAGAGUGGACGACUCUUUUGUGUCUGGAAAGAGCAGUAAAAUCCCUGCACCUCUCUCCCUGUCCUCUGGCCUGCGGCCUGCGAGAGUUAACACUAAGAUUGUGGUCUACAGUCCUGCCGACUCUUGCUCACCCAUCUCUCAAGGUCCCCCCGGUUCCUUCCAGUAUACUUGCUGCCUGUUCUCUCCCUUUGCAGUGCGAGCGAAGGCAGGCUCCGGGGGAGCGGGACAGGCCCACGGAGAGAGGGGCGGUCGGGAUGGGUCCAGCCAGCGCGUGCCCCGCCAGCCCAGCGCCUCCCGGGGGCAGAAAUCAGGAAAGAGCUCUGGCAGCAGCAGCUCCUCGUCGCAGCUGACCUCCAGCUGAGCGCGCUCCUCUGCGCGCUGGAGUCCACGCCUCUCCUUCUUCAGCUCGGCUCUUCCGAACGUGAGGUCUCGCUCACUGCAGCCGGCCCCUUCGCACAAACCGCCCUGGGCUGCUAGACCUGCUUCCAUCGGAGAUCGUGAACAAGAGAACUGUUGAUCUUACCUAUCGAGAGCUAAAGGAGGAGAGACCCAACCCAUCCGCACACGAGGCCUGAGCCGCUGGUCAUUUUGCACAGUGUUGACAUCUUAUUUCUUCCCUAAACGAAGCGUUGAAGUCGGAUCUGACUUGCUGAUGAAGACAGUCUUCCUCUCUGCACUAGCCAGUGGUAUUGAGGUUGUGAAAGAGAAAUCUACCGUGCAGCUGCAGAGUGUAAUAACAUGAUGCCCAAGGAGCACCUCAACUGGUGAUCUGCAGUAAAUUCAAGAGCACUGGCGCUGUCGCCACGCUGGGACGCCACAUGACAGAAACCCCUUGACAGAAAGAUGAGAAUCGAUGUUCUUCCCUCUACAGUUAGAGUGAGACUUCUCCUGAGCUUCUAAAUAUAAAAUUAGGACCAAAAAUGUAAACCGCUAUGUGCAGGAAUCUUAGAAUCUUAUGUACUUGAACAUGGGGAAGGGCAUAGCGUAAUGUUUGAACUGGGCACUCCAGAAUUAUUUUUAUCCCAUGACAAGGUGUGAACACAUUUCAGCUGAGAAAAGGGGACAGCUUGUUUGCAAUUCGGUUUUGCACAGCGUGGAUGUUUUUUAUAUUUGUGUUGUAUUCUUUAUUUUUGGAAUUCUUAUUGAGCUUCUUCCUGGAGGAGUGUUUGCUGUAUCUUCAGGAACUGUUUUUGAGAGAUCCAAGUCUCCUGUAUAGAAGAAUAAACUGUGGUUUGUGUUUUG